AUGCACAGCAAAGUUGUCAUCAUUGGCUCUGGGCCUGCCGCCCACACGGCGGCCGUGUACCUGGCACGCGCCGAGUUGAAGCCCGUCCUGUACGAGGGCUUCAUGGCCAACGGUACCGCGGCUGGUGGCCAGCUCACGACGACCACCGAUGUCGAGAACUUCCCCGGCUUCCCCAAGGGCAUCAUGGGCCAGGAGUUGAUGGACAACAUGCGCGCCCAGUCUGAGCGCUUCGGCACAGAGAUUGUCACCGACACCGUCACCACCCUCGACCUCUCCUCGCGCCCCUUCAAGUACUCGACCGAGUUCGCCCCGACCGAGACGCACACGGCCGACGCCGUCAUUGUCGCGACAGGCGCCUCGGCGCGCCGCAUGAACCUCGCCGGCGAGGACAAGUACUGGCAGAACGGCAUCUCCGCCUGCGCCGUGUGCGAUGGCGCGGUGCCCAUCUUCCGCAACAAGCCGCUCUAUGUGAUCGGUGGCGGUGACUCGGCUGCCGAGGAGGCGACCUUCCUCACCAAGUACGCGAGCCACGUGACGGUGCUGGUGCGGCGCGACCAGCUCCGCGCCUCGCGCACCAUGGCCAACCGCCUGCUGGCGCACCCCAAGACGACGGUGCGCUUCAACACGGUGGCGACCGAGGUCCGUGGCGGCGAGGACGGCCUCAUGUCCCACCUCGUGGUCAAGGACACCAAGACCGGCGAGGAGGAGGUGGUCGAGGCCAACGGUCUCUUCUACGCCAUUGGCCACGACCCGGCCACCGCGCUCGUCAAGGGCCAGAUCAAGAUGGACGAGGAGAACUACAUUGUCACCGAGCCCGGGACGACCCUUACCAGCGUGGCGGGCGUGUUUGCCGCGGGCGACGUGCAGGACAAGCGCUACCGCCAGGCCAUUACCAGCGCGGGAACUGGCUGCAUGGCGGCUCUCGAGGCGGAAAAGUACCUCGCCGACCGCGAGAUGGAUGUGCGCGACGACGACCGUGAGUCUUAG